GAGACCCCUGGUGUAAAGGCACAACACAGAAUGUGCUAGUGUACCUAAUAUUGUGAACAAGCUUCUUCCCGGAAAUGACUCCGCAUAAAACAUAAAGCAAUUGUUUGUGUUUUGACAAGAUCUCCUGUACCCCAUUCAUGUUUUUCCGGGUAUGACGUCAGACCUACAUGAUCUGUGAUUUCAAUACCCGACUUGAAAAAGACAACGCCGGUGGUUUUAAUAAUGGUGGAUGCCGCCGCCGCCUCCUCCUCCUUCCCUCGUCCUCCGCUCUGAUUGGCUACCCUUUGCGGCUCGAGGAGCUCCACAGCGCCGCUCGCCGCUCCCGGACGUCGGUGGCGCAGAAAGCAAUCGCAGCCUGGCCGGCGGAGCGGAGCUGUGAUCCGGGGUCGGAGAGAAGGGCGGAUGAUGUGAUCGGAUGCGGGCGGCUGAAGCUUUAGGGGCGGGCUGGCUCUUAAAAGACACGCUCCGUGACCGUGGGUGCUGCUCAGUUGUGUCGUGUCGACGUAGGAGUGGAAGACACCGAAGCCCCCCCUCGCCUACCCCCUCUCUUGUGGAGGCUGAGCUAAGCGGUCGGCCAUUGCAGCGCGCAUCCAGUCAGCCAUGAUGUCUGUACAAACCCCUCCCCUCUCUCGCUCAGGCUCCUCCCCCUCCAACGUGGGCCUGUCCAACCGCAGCGGCCCCGCCGCCACCCCUCCCACUUCGCUCAGCCUGCGCUCCUCAUACAAUCAACUUCUCGGCCGUGAUGUCAUCAAGGAGUCCGUCAACGCGGAAAGCGGCGGUUCCGCCACCUUGCCCAAGAGCCGUCAGAGACACACGAUGACGAGCGUGCGGAGUGUCAUGGGGAUAAGCGAUAACCUGUCAUCAAAGAACCAAUCCUCGAGCAGAGGUAGAGGCCUCCCCACUAAGUCCUCCUCCAGUUCUGCACUCUACUCCUCGUCGUCCUCAUCUUCGCUUUUCAAUACGACGAACCCCAAACUGGCCAAGAACGGAGCCAACCUGCAGAGACGUGCCGAGAGUCAGCAGCAGGAGCUGAGUAAGAUCCAGAAUGAUUCCAUGGAUAACUCCAAUUCUGACUGGGCCGAGUUUGACAAGGAUAACUCGCAGCUUCCCCCAUUCCGAAGGAGAACAAAGAGCUUCCUGGAGUACCACGACAAAGACUGGGACCUGAGCUGGGGAAACAAGGAGAACAAGGAGGAGAAGAAACAACAGCAGUCCUCCCCGGAGAAGGAGCAGGCCAGCCCGGUCAAGGAGAGGGAGAGCCAAAAGGAGGAGAAGCCCAGCAGCAAGGAAGAGGCGGUACCUGUGGUGGAAGAAGAAGAAGAAGAAGAAGAAGAAGAAGACAAUGAAGACCCAACACCAACUGCAAGACAGCCUCUCUUACCUGUUGUAGUGGAAGCCCCACUUUGCUCCUCCUCUUCUUCAUCUACCAACAGCCCAGAGUGGGUAGCAGACAACCACCUCCGGAACCAGGCUACAUCCCAGAUCCAAGAGGAGCACUGCAUCCAAUUAUCGGGAAGUCCGAGAAGUCCCGCAAAGCCUCCUCGGAGCUCCCAGCCCAGGGUGAUCAAGGUAGAGCUGCACCCAAACAAUGAGAACCAGUUCUUGCAACAGUACCCGCCGUCCUCGCCUAAGCAGACCAGGUCCGGUGAAAGGAACACCCCAACAAGGAACAGGGCUCUCCCAGAUCCAGAUCCUCAACCAGAGACGGGUCUCCCAAAAGUGAGCUUAAGAAUGGAUCUGACUCCUGAUACGCCGUCAGAGGAUGAAGACUCCAGCUGGACUACUCUGUCCCAGGAGUCACCCUCACCUCAAAGUCCACAAGAGACAGAUGUUUGGGGUGAGGGGGACCUGCCCCCAGGCUGGCGGGAAAUCUCCGACUCAUCAGAGGUCUAUUUUUGGCACAUACCCACCGGCACCACUCAGUACCACCGACCCGUUGCCUCCAGCAACCAGCCCACGUGUGCCGAUGAGGAGCCGGAUGAGAAGAAUCCGCAACAGGAGACGCACGACUCGCUUAAACCGCCCAGCGAGCGUCCCAGCAGCCUCAUCUCAGAUACAAGCUCGGUUGAGCCCGUCCCCUCCCCUUCUGGCUGCUCCCCCACCUCCCUCUCCUCCACCCCCUCCAAUGAUGUCAUCUCCUCAGCAUUGAAUCUCAACAGCACCACCUGCACCGACAAUGAGCUGAAGGACUAUCCAAUCUAUCCUGACCCCAGUCUGAAGGCAUUUGAAGGGGCCACACUUCGCUAUGCUUCACUCAAACUCAACCCUGCGGCGCCUUUGGAGACCGUGGACCUCAACAAUACCUUCUCUGAUGCAGAAGCAAUGUCCUUCCCAGUGCGAUCCUUGGGCUGGGUGGAGAUGGAUGAACAAGACCUGUGCGAGGGGAGGAGCAGUGUGGCCGUCCAUCACUGCAUAAGACAACUGUCCUACUGCAGGAGAGACAUUCGGGACUCGGCUGGAGUUUGGGGGGAGGGUAAAGGGAUGCUGCUGGUGCUUCAGGACCGCAUGUUGACUCUAGUCGACCCGGACGAUCGAAGUCUUCUCCACUCUCAGCCAAUCAGCAGCAUCCGUGUGUGGGGAGUGGGCCGGGACCAUGACAGGGACUUUGCCUACGUGGCGAGGGACAAGAACACGCGGGUGCUGAAGUGUCACGUGUUCCGAUGUGAUACGCCUGCCGCAGCCAUCGCCACUAGUCUCCACGAAAUCUGCUCCAAGAUUAUGGCUGAAAGGAAAAGUGCCAAGGCUGCAUCUGGCAGCUCCUCCCAGACUGGUUCUGACGUGCCCCUGCAAGAGUUCCCCAUGCCAAAGACGGAAUUGGUGCAGAAGUUCCAUGUGCUGUACUUGGGAAUGACGUCAGUGUCUCGGCCCAUAGGUAUGGACAUCAUAAACGGCGCCAUCGACAGCCUGGUGUCCUCCACUGGUAAGGAGGACUGGACUCCUGUGAUUCUCAGCAUCGCCGACACGACUUUGGCUGUGAUUAAAGAAAAGGAGGAGGAAGAGGAAGUGCUGGUGGAGUGUCGGGUCCGUUUUUUGUCCUUCAUGGGUGUUGGGCGGGACAUCCACACGUUUGCCUUCAUCAUGGAUACAGGAAGUCAGCACUUCCAGUGUCACGUGUUUUGGUGCGACCCCAAUGCAGGAUGCGUGUCCGAAGCCGUGCAGGCAGCUUGUGUGUUGCGCUAUCAGAAGUGUCUGGUAGCGCGGCCGCCCUCGCAACGAGCCGGUUCCUCGUCUUCGCCCGCCGCCGCUGCCACCGCCGAACCGGUGAGCCGUCGAGUGACCACCAGCGUGAAGCGCGGCGUCCAGUCUCUCAUAGACACUCUGAAACCUAAGAAACAACCGUCGGAGCUCCCUCAGCAAUGACCCCCCCCCCACCACCACCCCAACUACCACCACCCUCACCAGUGAGCACAGCACCUCCCAGACCAAGCCACAGCUUUGCUGCCAUGGUAACCAGUGAUGUACUGUACAGAUAUAUAUAUGUUAGCUCACGCCAACAAAGAAUACACGAAAUGUGUUUUUUUUAACAAAUAUGACAAAAAAAAACACCAUGUUUGGACUGGAAUCGAACGCUCAUGGAACCUUUCAGCAAGGCACUAAAUUUGCUGCAUUUAAAUGUCGCAUUCCCGUUCGAUGACAGGGAAGAAAAGCUCUUGUAGUGAUUAUAAUAAUCAUCAAUGCAAAAGGAAAGUCUGUGUAGGACGAAGGCACAAAAUACGUUAAAAAAAAACGAGAGCGAUGGCUUUUUUGAUGAUGCAUGUAGUCUUGACAGUUUUAUGUUGAUGAGUUCUUGAAAUUCCGACCAUUAAAAGAGUAGUGAACACAACGCCUAGUACCGUACUGUACAUGCUCUCUGCACUUGAUUGUCAAUUGAUUCACAUUGGCACAAAAAUAAGCCCAUAAUAAUCAUUAUUAUUCCAUAAUUAUGUGUCCCGUUCUCUCUAAUCAAACGUUUAGUACAUUUUAUAUAAGUUCUUAUUUUAUUUUCGGUUGAAAAGAUCAUCGCUAAAAAGCGACACAUCACUCUGUCCUCAGGAAUCUUUUUUGCAUAUACAAAAUAUUUAUACGACGACAAGAGCUGAGACUGCGACGCCCUGCUUGUUUUUUUUUGGCUUUUUUUUGUUCGGCUUCCACGGAUAACGUGAAUAUUCCCAACAAAAAAGUCUGACGUCACCGCUUUUAAAGGGCCAGCGCGCCAGCACCUGCACUUCACUCGCUAACUGCGAAAAGCAGUCGGACUUGACACCAAAACGACAAUGAAACGCCGUCUGCCGUGUCGGGUUCAGUCAUCACACGUCAACACACGUCAACACACGUCAACACACUGUAAAAUGUUAUCUGUUGUGACAAUAAAUGCAUUAACAAAGAAGGAAAAUAAGCGGACUUUUCAUAUUUUUUAUAUUGGGGAAUUUGCUAGUGUUAUAGUAGUAUAAUAUUAAAAAAAACAAUAUUGGAAUGACUGCAUGUGUG